CUGGGAGGCACUGAGGAAGCGCUGGUAGAUAAAGUGUGUACCCAAAAGACACAACAUCAUGGCCAGAUCCUGCAACAUCUUUUGCAGCAGGCAAGCAGAGAGAAGGAUCGAAGAGAAGUUCGAUUGAGAGGAUCAAAACAGAGAGCUUGCAGAAUGGUCGUACAGCCGUGAUGUCAUCACUCCUCCUCAUCCUCCCCUUCCUCAUCCUCACCUCCGCCUCGACGCUGGAGUUUCGUUACCACGACAACCGUGAGAUCGAGCAGUACCUCCUCCAGGUCAACGCCUCCAACGCCGACAUCACACACCUGUACAGCGUCGGCCAGUCAGUCAGAGGUCAGCAGUUGUGGGUGUUGGCUCUGGGUCUCAGCCCUCACCGUCACACCGUCGGCAUCCCAGAGUUCAAAUAUGUGGCUAACAUGCACGGAAACGAGGUCCUCGGCCGGGUGCUGCUGCUACAGCUAAUCAAUGACCUGGUGCGCGGUUACCGUAACAACGAAACGUGGUCGUUGCAGUUACUGAACAGCACGCGCAUCCACAUCAUGCCGACGAUGAACCCCGACGGAUUCAGUGACGCAGGAACACACUGCCAGUACAGCCAGGGCAGGUUCAACCAUAACGGCGUGGAUCUGAACAGGAACUUCCCGGACGCUUUCUCUGGUCUCCGAAGGCAACAGCAGCGUGACGAGGAGAGGAGGGAAGCAGAGGUCAGAGCUGUGAUUGACUGGUUGAAGACUGAGAGUUUCGUUCUGUCUGCGAACCUUCAUGGAGGAGCUCUGGUGGCCAGUUAUCCGUACGACAACAGCAACGGCGGCAGCGAGCUGGUGGGCGGGGCCAGCGUCUCCCCCGACGACGACGUGUUCGUUUACCUCGCCAAGGUGUACUCCCACAACCACGCCUCCAUGCACCACGGCGGCCGCUGCGACGACACCAAACCGUUCUCCGAGGGCAUCACCAACGGUUACCAGUGGUACCCUCUGGCAGGUGGGAUGCAGGACUAUAACUACGUCUGGGCUCAGUGUUUGGAGUUGACUCUGGAAGUUUCCUGCUGCAAGUAUCCUCGAGCCGAAGAACUUCCUGCUCUGUGGACAGACAACAGGAAGUCUCUGCUGGCCUUCAUCCAGCAGGUCCACCUGGGGGUAAAAGGUCGUGUGCUCAAUGGCUCCGGAGUACCGGUGCAGAACGCAGUAGUGGAGGUCAAAGGUCGCAAGAAUAUGUGUCCGUUCAGAACCGACCAACAUGGUGAAUACUACAGACUGCUGCUGCCUGGAAACUACAGCUUCACGGUGACGUUCCCGGAUCACGAGGUUUUGACGGAGACGCUUACUGUCCCGUAUGGUCCUGAUCAAUACUCCGCCCUGAAACACGACUUCCUGUUACAACGCAUCGCCACGACAACCGACAGCACCCUUGGCUACCCGACCUCUGCUAACCCCACCCCCACCUGCUGUAACCACACGUCACACACAGAGGGGGGCGGAGCUGCCGUCACGGGGCCCACCUGGACGGGGCUGGUUGUGGGGCUAGGCCUGGUGGCGGGACUCCGAUCCCUGAUCGACUGAAGGAAGCCCGGCGGUCAGAGUGGCGUCCGGUCAGCAGAAGGUCGCGGGUUUGAUUGCGACACCUGAACUGCUGGAGUGUCUCUGAGCAACACUAAACAAAGCAAACAUCAGAACAAAAACAUGAUGUCCGCCGGAGGUUUCCGAAGCCUCGAGUCGCUGCCAAAAUAUCUAAAUUGGGGGCACGGUGGAGCUGAAAGGUGGCCUUCGGACAUGCUUGCCCCCCCCCCCGCACCUUUCCGACGGCGGAUAAGGGGAGGCUGUGCACGGCCAUUUCUGUAACUUUCCAAAACAGACAAUCCGACAUUCACACAACUAUUUCUGUCACUUUUCAUGUGCCGAGUGCAAAACACUACGACCGUCUUCCAGGAGAGAUUGAAAAUAUGCACCGUGAUCCCCGAAUUUAAAUAUCGACCCCCCCCCUUCUCUCCGCAUUUGAGUGAAGCCGUUCGGAACGUCUCUAAACACAUUCGAUUUCUGACGUGGUUGAACAACACGUCUUAAAAACCAGUUCUGAACGACCUUAAAUUGAGCGUAUCGCCGGCGUCAGAGCGAAGUUCAGGUGUGAAGCUUCUCACAAGGACACGACAGGAAAAGCACAGGUGUGAAUAAUAAAAUGAAUGAUGGCUGAAUUCCAUUUAGCUGCUUUACUUUCAGGGUCUCAGUGUUGUGAAAUGUAACUAAGUACAUUUACUCAAGUACUGUACUUAAGUACUAUUAUGAGGUACUUGUGAGUAUUUCCAUUUUCUGCUACUUUAUACUACAUUUAUUACAUUUAUUACUACAUUUAUUUCAAGGCUAUAGUUAUUAGUUACUGUUCAGAUCAGUAUUUUAUAUGAACUAAAGAAUUUUUAUUACUAUUGUAUAUUGUCAGAUCAUUAAAAUGAUCCUUCACGCAUGGGAUUACAUGACAUACAAUAAUACAACAUAUAAAUGACAAUUUAUAUAUAUUAUAAAUAAAGUAUAUAUGCAUUGUUAUAGAUAAGACUAUCCAACAGUAUAAGGUGUUAAAAUUAACUCUACUGUGACAACAUUAAAAUGCUGCUUACAUAAUAUAUAUACAUAUAUGAUGAAUAUAACACUCUAAAUUACUUUUACUUUUGAUACUUAAAGUACAUUUUGCUGCCAGUACUCCCAGUGCUUGAAUAGAACAGAACCAUCAUUAAUGUUAUUAGUGUCAUCUGUGCUUUUCUUCCUAUGAACAGAAUCUGCUGUAUAACUGUGUUCAGACAGAACAUGAAUUUUAAACUACAUGUAAAGUCAACGCAAAGGCGUGAAUUUGCCCGCGGCGGCGUGAAGCGACGCGACGGUGCAGCCAUGCGAGUUGAAAACUUAGCUAACUCGCGAACAUGCUUGUUAGCCAGCUGCUUGUCUACCAGGACAAAUUUAGCAUUUUCUUUUAUGCAACAGCAACUUUACGCAGUUUAUUCAUACUACGGCUAAUCGGCAAACUACUGUAGCUGGCGAGCUAACAGCUAACACGCCAGCCUAGCACCCGGGAAAACGCUAUCGUAACUUAUUCGCUACAGUCAUGCUAGCUGUAGCUCGGCCGCUAACUGUUUUGGACUCUCUGACUCUCCGUUCCCUCAAACGUCAACGCCGUCCUGAUGUUUUGCUGUUAGUCAACGAUGCAAAUUAGCUUGUCAGUGUUCACCAAAGUUGCAAAAAUAAUUGUGUUGAUUUACUUCGUCCCCAUGAGCAAAUUCACAGAGCUUUCAGUAAAAAGAAUAUAUUGUAUUUCACCACUAGUUUUAAAUGCUGGUGUGACCGGGUCUUACAGUAAUGUUCUUUGGCCUUUAAUGGACCAAAGCUUCUGAACGUCUAAGAAAUUAAAUGAACAGCAAAACUUCAAGGACAUAAAGGAAGAGAAAAGUUACUUUCCUGCACUAUAGAGACUGUGUUAAACCUCAUAAACAUUAUAAUGAAUAUAACUUUGCUGGUAGUUUAUUCCAAAGAAAUGCAUCACCGGAAGAAUAAGCUCUACUUCUUGGGGAUUUUGUCUCUGAGAUAACAGGAAGUCAGGCGUGAUCGGGCUCAUUAAGUGUGAUGGAGCAGGACGAUGUCCUUUUAUAUGUGAGGAGGAGCACUUUAUAAUUAGCACUUGCAGGGGUUGAAUGCUGUUUUUAAACCAGAGAAAAGGACUUUACGAUAGUGGAGUCUGGAAAUUAUAAAGAUCAUCUAUCUGAACUCACUGAGGUGCGUUUGAUUUACAACACCAGAGGCUAAAUAACAAAAUAGGAAAUAAAAGGGAAAAAAAUCACAUUUCUGCUACAAAACUUGAGAUUAUUUUAUAUUUCUGAAAGGUCAGUAAACUAAACUUUUUAUGAUUU